AUGACGCAGGAGCACAUCCGAACGACCCUCAAGCUCCGAUACUGGCAGAUCCCGCCGUUCCUUCCAUUGCUGAUCCGUCCGUCGCCGGUUCGUCUCCGCUGCCACCACCAGCUGCACCGCCGCCAUACACGCCGCUCCCCCCUGCCACCGAUCCUGGAUGGAAAAUCUGGACGGUUGGCAACGUCGAUGGGGACUGGGACUGGGAAGGGAGUGACAGUCCCAGUGCUCAAAGAGGUGCUGAAGCGAGCCUACGUCGUACUUGGUAUCCUGGGGAGAGGUAGGAAGAAGGAUACCAAGGCGGCGUUGGUCGCGGAGGUGGCGGAGAAGAGGAGAAAGUUGGAGAGAAGGGGGGGUCUCAAGCCUACGGGCUGGGAGACGGACAAGAUGUGGUGGUUUUUUUUGUGGAGAAAGGGAGGUGGGUUAGAGUGUCCCAUGAUGGACAUGGACGGAGCGCCGGCCGUGGAGCAGGCGGCGGCGAACAAGGGGACGAAGCGCCCAAGAGAAGAGGAGGACGAGGAGCAGUCCGUCGAUGCUACCAUGCCCGACACGAGGAGACGCAGGGUCGAGAAGAAAGAGGAGGAGUUGUUGGAGAUGGACCUGGCCGGGGAGUUGGAGGCCCCUUUGGUGGAGAUAUCCGAAGAGGAGGAUGACUUCGACGCUCUCGUCGAUGCCGCAUUGGCAGCCAUGGAUGCUCCUCUAGUGGGCCCAUCGACCAGCGCAGAGGAGGAUCACCCCGGUGAUCCGACUCUUGACGCACUUCGAUCAGGGCCCGGCAUUGCGCCGGCCACGAUUGAGAGCGUCGAGUCACCCCCCGACGACAUCAAGCGGGACGACCUGUUCGAAGACCUGGACGCGCCUCCAGAGGGUUUGGAGUCCUCGGAAUUGAUCUUCGGGGAGGACUAA